AUGGCGGACCAAGAAUUUUCUAUGGCAGAGCAGGAGGCGCGCUUGAAGAAGAAAUAUGGCGGAGCGCUUCCAAAGAAAAAGGGGCUUCUUUCGAAGGGUCAUGAGAGAGCUUUUUUUGACUCAGCCGAGUGGGCAAUUCAAAAGCAAAAGGGUGGCGAAGUUAAGCCUCCAGCAGCCAAUGAGGGGGGUCUACAGCCAAAGCUAGAGCCCACCCCGCAUCAACCAUUCCCAGCGCGGAGCGGUGCAGGCUCUCCGCGGAAACCAGGGGGUAGUGUGGGCGGUGGAGGGGGCUCUGGGGGCGGCACAGGGGUGAGAAAAGGCCCACCGCCGGUUUCUGCGCCAGGGGCGGGUAGGGGAGGAGCGGGAGGGAAUGGAGGCAGCGGAGGGUCGAAAACUCGAGGUGGAGGCGGAGGAAGCGGCGGGGAUGUGCGGCCUCCUGGAGGGAAGAAGAGCAACUCGACCGGCGGUGCCAAGCCGAAGACGAACAGCGACGAUACGCCCCCAGACGCGCCGCCAGACGAUAAUUCGAAUAAUGACACUGGCAGAGUUGCCGUGUUAAGGAACGCGACGCUGCUCUUCCCCGUCAACGCGGCGGCUUUCGCCAUGUCCAUCGCCACGUUCAGAAGCGAUCAGGUGGCGCGGAUGUUCACGUACCACGCGAUCAGGGGCGCGUACAAGGCGUGGCAGCUGAAGGCUUUACCCAUCAACACGCGCCUGCCCACCAUGGAAGGCUCGUUCGUCACCAAAGUCUCCAAAGUCAAUUCGUCCAAGCUCGCGUUCAAGGGGAAGGGCGACAUACCCGUUAGAGUGAUAGUUCCGGACAUGUACGAGGGCGAAGAUAUGUACAUUCAUGGCACCGACUCCGUGCUAGUACCGCCCUCUGUUUGA